GCGUGUGCGUAUGUCACAGAGAGACACAGUGUGUGUCACACACACACACACACACACACACAGAGAGAGAGAGAGAGAGAGAGAGAGAGAGAGAGAGAGANGAGAGAGAGAGAGAGAGAGAGAGAGAGAGAGAGAGAGAGAGAGAGAGAGAGAGAGAGAGAGAGAGUUGUCGUUUUGUUGUUUUGAUUUACCGAUGGCAACUACGUUUGAGGAUGGAGAGGUUGGGCUGGAGGAGGUGCAGGUUCUGGAAGGGCAUUCCGACCGGGUAUGGUAUGUUGCCUGGUCCCCUGACGGGCUUUCUCUGGCAUCCUGUGGCGGGGAUAAAACGGUUCGCAUAUGGGUUAAUCAUGGAACCGAGCGAGAGCCCCACUGGAUUUGCAAGUGCAUUUUGGACGAAUCCCACCAGCGGACGAUACGUGCAUGCGAGUGGUCCCCCUGUGGCAGGUACCUGGCGACGGCGGGGUUUGAUGCGAAGACCGCAAUUUGGGAGUCUGCAGAUGGAGCAGAGUUUGAAAUGACCACUGUCUUGGAGGGUCAUGAAAACGAAGUGAAAAGUGUUGCCUGGAGCAGGUCUGGCCAGUAUUUGGCCACAUGUAGUCGGGAUAAGAGUGUCUGGAUCUGGGAGAGACAGGAAGAGGAUGACUUUGCCUUCAUAUCUGUCCUCUAUGGUCACACUCAAGACGUGAAGAUGGUUAAAUGGCACCCCAAACACGACUUGGUAGUAUCCGCGAGCUACGACGAUACGAUAAAGGUGUGGGGCCAGAAAGCAGAGGAUAGUGACGAAGAUUGGGAAUGUGUGCAGACAUUAUCUGAUACCGUAGCUGCCGCCAAGGCUCAGCAGGAGGCAGCAGAGGCAGAACGUCAGCGGCUGGCCAAUGAGGCGGCAGCCCAAGCUCAGCAGACUGCUGAGGCUGACGCAGCGGCACGAGACCAACGGAAUGCCGCCAGUACGGAGUCCCUGAUUCAUAGUGAAAGUCAGUGGACAACGUUCCUCCAAGGCAUGAUCUUUGUGCCUUCGGACGCAAAGGCAGAUCCGACACCGGCGGAGGCAGAGAGGAUUCACCUGGCUAACUUGAUGCUGGGCAUGAUGAGAGGCAUCAUGUGGAAUAACACACUGCUGCAGGCACAUCUGCGCACGGAACGACAGCAGCGACAAAAGUACCAGAAGGACAUUGCUGUUUUAACAACUGCCAUCCGCACCGAAGCAACGCAGCAGCAGCAACAGCAUCAGCUGUUGAACUCCGCUCUCGCACGCAUCAACAGCAUGGAGGCUAACGCCUCAGCAGCGCCAGGCUGCACGACAGACGCGACGAAGCAACUCAAUGAGCGCAUCGAUCACGUCGUCACCAUCAUUGGCGACAUAGGUGUUUUCAAUAGGCCGGACACGAUCAGUAGCACGGUGGCCGCCAUCAAGACGGACAUCACCAAGCUGCAGACGAGACCGGACACCGCUACAAAGACUUACAAGAUGCCGCACUUCGACAUCAGCAAGUUUGACGACUACAACAAGUCGGACGCCUUGACAUGGUGGCAACGCUUCCUCACGGAAGCAUCAUGCCGCACUGUCCCGGCAGACGACAUGAUGAAGGCACUCUACUUGCAACUAAUUGGAGGAGCGCAGGCUUGGAUGAACCAUCUGGCGGCUACCAACAAAUGCACCAUCGCCGACCUCCACACGCACAUCACGUGGAAUGAGUUCGAGAAGCUAUGGUUCACCCGGUUCAUGGUCCGCAACGUAGUGAAGGCGGCCAUGAACGAGUUGUACACCUGCUCUCAAGGAAAUAUGCCAACUCGAGACUGGACAACCAAGUGGCAGAAGAUAGUGACCACGCCAGGAUUCGAUUUGAGUUUUUCAAAUCAACGAUCCGAGUUCUUCUCGCGAUCGUGCSCGGGACUGCGGUCGGCACUCGGCAACGAGUACGACUAUGACASGUUCCAGGCCAUUCUGGAUCGUGCGAACUUAGUCAUCCAAACGGAUGACAAGGCCGCAAACGAACGGCAGUCCCAGCCGCAUUAUGUGGCUAAGCAGAGCUAUCAACGUCCGRCACAUAACAAUGCCGUGAUUUCUGAAGAAACAGACGAUCUCCACGCUGCAGCAGCAUCCUCGAGUGAUGGAGGAAUUGUAGCAGCGCUCCCGCCGAAGCGAGGAGAAGGCUGUCGCGAUUCUCUGAGAGCAGAAGGAGAGAAAGGAGAAGAAAGCUAUAGAGAAACAGGCCAAGAAGCUGGCCUUGCUGGAAGGAGCAGCAGCCAAGAAGAAAAAGAUGGAGGAGGAGAUGGAGGCGUGGAAGAAGGAACAGGAGGCGAAGUUGGCCAAAGAAUUGGCCGAGAAGAAGAAGAGGAGGAAGAAAGCAAAGAAGAGGGGACCCCGCUACAGAGAGGAAAAGAGAAGCAAGCAGUAAGGGGCCCAAAAGAAAGGAAGGAGGAAAGAGGAGAAACGAGUACAAGCCUAGCCCCACCGGAAAAGGUGGAGAAGGCUGUGAAGGAAUGGGUGGCAGGACUAUCCCUUGGGGAAGAUAGGGAAUCAGAGUUGGCUGUUCCCCAAGCAGAAAGAGAAGCAACAAAAAUAGAGCUGGAAAGAGAGAGGAGCUCCCUGCAUCGUCAGGCCGCCGCCAUCCUCAGAGAGAGAAAAGAGAAGAAGGAACUCCUUAGACAGCCAAAGAUGAAGAUGAUAGCCGAGGAGAAGGCGGGGAAGAAGAAGUUGGAGGAGGAGAUGAAAAAAUUACAACAAGAAGAGGAGGAGAGAAUGAGGGUUGUGGUAGAGGAAGAGGUUGAAGAGGAGGAGGAGCAGCCCGAAGAAGAGCCCCUCAGAAGGAGAAGACUGGGGGAAGGAGAAGGAAGCAGUGGCACGAAGGAGGAUAACCCGACGCGCGGUGCUUUGCCGGGCGCUGCACCCUAUCUCCGGUUGAUCCGAUUCCAGGGUGGGCGAGCCGUCAAGAAGGAAAGAGAVCCCYCCCCACGGCCCCCGCCGGCAUCUCCGGAGCUGCUUACGUUACCGUCCACCUCCACAACCCGGUUCGGGAAUAUUAACCCGACCCCCUUUCGAUGUGCGGCGCGCAGUGCGCCCUUGACUUCAUGCGGGCGACCUGCACACGAUGACGACGACGACAGUCAGUCCCUGGCCGCAGCUGCCUUGGAGCCGGGAGAAGAAAGACGGUUACGUAGAGCCCGUGCUCUAGCAGCGGGGAUAGCAGCAGCAAACGCAGCAGCUAGAGAGCAGGCAACAGCAGCCAGAGCAGCAGCAAUGGCUAAUGGCGCAAGCUCUGCUGCGUCAUCAUCUGCGUCCUCGUCAGGGACUAAUGGGGGCCAGUUGGGAAUGCCAACGAGUUCCAUAAGUUCCUCGGACACUUCCGGUUCCACAGGAUCUAGACAGUCUUCUAGUCAAAUGGCAGGCGCACAGUUCAGCCCGUUAACCCCGCGUGAGAGGGAGCUCAGAGAGAUCCAGCAGGUCGAGAGGCUCCGCCGUAAGUUAGAGCAGGACCUGAAAGAUGCUACCGAUAGAGAAAAUGCGAUGAAAACUAGAGCAGCCAGGCUUGAAACUUUAGAGGCUGACAAGGCUGAAUUAGAGGGCUUGGAUGAGUCAUCAUCGACUGACCCGCUGAAAGUUUUGAAGAAGAAUAUGUUGUCAUUGCACACACACGUGGACAGCAAAUUAGACUUCAUGCAGAGCACUCUAGACCAGAUCCUGGAUGCGUUGACAAGGCCAGGAUUCCGCCCACCAGCACAAUCGUCAUUGCCGUUAUCGGCGAUGUCAGGCCCCUUUCCAGUUCAAGCUGGCACACAACCAAGUGGCACAUCUGCAGCAGCCGCACGGACUGUUGCAUCUUCUUCUUCGGGUCCAGUGGUGGUUGCUACACCACCGCAACAGGCUAGUCCUCAACAAGGACAGCCACAAGGUCAAUGGGACCCUAAGACCCCAAUGAAACCACCUCUUGCUUUCUCAGGCGAGGGAAAGGGCGAAGAACUCAACACUUGGUUGAGAACAGUCCCGGUUUGGGUGAAGGCCAACAGAACCUUGCUAGAGGACGAAGUGGUAACUGCGGCUUCUUACCUGGAGGGUAAGGCAACCAAGUGGUUAGAUGGUGUAGUUAUAAAGCCCGGGUAUGGGAGACGCAUGGCAGACUGGGCUAAGUCUCUGACAUUAGACCAGUUCAUGGAAAUGGUAGAAGCUCGAUGGCAUAACCCACAGGAGGCUCAAAAGGCCACUGAUGCCAUUAACAAACUAGACCAACGCAAGUUCAGGUCGGUUAGAGAGCUUACGACUACCGUUGAGAGCCUGAUCCCCGUCCCAGGCAUUAACUACAGCGACCAGUUCCUAUUGACUACGUUUGUCAGAUGUCUCCCAGAGAACAUUAGGAACUUGCUAGCCAGCGAGGCACGCACUGAGUACCACUCGUUUGAGACACUGUCUAGGAAAGCCUUAAACUUGGAGGCCACACUAGGCAAUGCUCAACCAACCUCUCACAAUGACACGAAGAAGAAGAAGAGUCCUCAGGAGUGGAAGAAGAAGGGGGCGAAGUUGAUGAUGGUUGAGUCUGAUGGGACUCAAACUGAGAUCGAUGAGCUCUCUGACCUGAUGGACUACUCAGAGUAUGACGACGAGGAGGUAGCUGAGGGUAGCACCCUCGCCGCAGUAGACCGGGUACGGCACCUUAGUAGACCAGUAGCAUCUACUUUGGCGAACAAGGAGCGCAUGAUUGUAACAGACUACAUCAAGGACGUAGUUUGUACCAUCUCCUAUGGAGGAGGUGAGCUUAACCAUAAGAUUUCGUUCUUGGUUAGCGACGACUUGCCAUUUGAAAUGUUGUUAGGCAUGUACUACCUCGAAUUUGCUAAGCCCCAGUUCGACUGGGAUAAGAAGGUGCUCAAGCAUAAGUUGCCCGAUGAGCGAACUGUCAGAUUGACUAAGUUUAAGGCCAGUAGUAUUAUAGACACCUAUGGCUGCUUGUGCGCAUCAGCGUUCUACAACUACUAUAAGCAGAACCAAGAGGAGGGUAUGUACCUUGUUUACGUCUAUGAGAAGCGGGAGGCCGUUAAAACACCCCCAGAGAUAGAACGCGUCGUUGCUAAGUUCCCUGAUCUGUUCGAGGAGCCCACAGGAGUUGUUGAAAGGGAAGUCGUCCACGCUCUAGAAAUCAUUCCAGGGAUAUCCGCGGAGGGAAUUAGGCCGGAAGAUGCGAAAGUGGCUAGUAUUCGAGACUGGCCACGACCUCAGACAAUCACUGAGGUCAGAUCAUUCUUAGGAAUGUGCGGCUACUAUAGGAACUUCGUAAAGAACUAUUCUACAGUCGCCUCUCCUUUGACUGAUCUAACUCGACUUGACACACCGUGGGACUGGAGUGAUGAGUGCGAGGGUGCUUUCAAGAGAUUGAAGCAUGCACUCAUGAAUCAUGAAGUUCGCAUGGUUCCCGAUCCACAGAAGCCAUUCAUAGUGACCACUGAUGCAAGCCAAUACGGCAUUGGCUCAGUGCCGGCUCAGCAGGAUGGGAAAAAGUUGAGACCGAUUGAGUACAUGAGUAAGAAGAUGCCAUCGAAGAAGUUGGCUAAGUCCACCUACGAAAGGGAACUCUAUGCUCUCUACAAGGCACUUGUCCAUUGGAGACACUUCCUUUUGGGAAGGUUCUUCUAUCUGAGGACUGGUCAUCAGACCCUCAAAUGGAUCAAGACUCGACCGGCUCUUUCUGAUGCACUCAAGCGAUGGAUUGAGGUCAUAGACCAAUAUGAUUUCAAGCUUGAGUACCUGAAGGGAGAGUACAACAAGGUUGCAGACGCGCUAUCCCGUAGAGCAGACUACCUAGGUGCGCUAGUUUCUGACUUUGGCGUAUCUAAUGAAGUAACUCAAUCAUUGGUGGGAGCCUAUCAGGAAGACCCUGUCACGAUGGACAUCAUCCGCAAACUUCAGGCAAAAGAUAAGGCCACGGAAAGUGAGUUUGUGAUGGUGGACGGGUUACUCUAUCUUGAUAAGGCCGGAAUAAAGAGAUUGGUAGUUCCAUCUAGUGAACAGUUGCGUAGUUUGUUUUUAGGCGAAUGCCAUGACGCAAUGGGACACUUUGGCUACAAGAAAACGAGUGCUAAUCUAGUACAGCGAUUUUGGUGGCCUGGUGUGUUCGAUGACGCAAAGAAGUACGUAGAGACCUGUCAGGUCUGUCAGCGGGACAAGCCGCGAACUCAAGCACUGCUUGGGUUGCUUAAGCCCUUACCUAUUCCCGCUGGUCCAGGACAGAGUGUUUCCAUGGAUUUCAUGGACACCCUGGUAACUAGCAAGAGUGGUAAGAGACACAUCUUCGUCAUCAUAGACCGAUUCACCAAGUACGCUAGACUAGUUGCCAUGCCAGAAAGUGCGAGGACUGACCAUGUCAUCAAGUUGUUUAAGGACAACUGGGUGCGGGACUUUGGGUUACCAAAGACUAUCGUUAGUGAUAGACACGUCCGAUUCACAAGUGAGCUAUGGAAGAAGACUGCGGAACAAAUGGGCAGUCAACUUCAGAUGACUUCAGGGAAUCAUCCCGAAGCCAAAGGACAAGCCGAACAGAUGAAUAGAGUUGUACAGCACUUGCUGAGGCAUUACAUCAAGGCCAGCCAAGAUGAUUGGGAUGAGAAGUUGCCACUCAUCGCCAGUCUGUACAACAAUGCUGUGCACAGCAGCACCGGCGUGAGUCCUAACCAGCUACACCUGGGUGGAAGCCUAGAUCCGCGUUAGACUUCCUCCUACCUGAAAACCGACCUGCUGCAACCCCAGGCACACUAGAGUAUGGUGUGCAGUAUGAGAAGUUGCUGCAAGAAGCUGUCGAGCACAUGAAGAAAGCUCAGCAAGCAAUGAUUGCUUCUGAGAAUCAACAUCGUAGACAGUC